CGCCCCUGGUAGGAAGACGUUUGCAGGGUUCCUAUGUGUGCGUGUGCGUCUGCGUCUGCGCGCUGAUUGGGAAAAACCAGUGGAAAAUCCGCAACGAAAGUGAAAGCAGUGAUGGAGUUGUGGUUGACUAUCUUGUUGUUGAUACUGUUGGGAUGCGUUCUGAGACUGUUCCAUGGAUUCUAUCUGAACUGGUACAAGGGACAGGAGCCGCCUGGUCCCUGGGGAUUGCCUGUGCUUGGAAAUUUGCUGCAAUUGGAUGCGCAGGCGCCGCACAAAUCGCUCCAGAAAUUAGCCCAUUGCUAUGGUGGCAUUAUGGCCUUACGCAUGGGUCGUGUGCGGACCAUAGUGCUCUCUGAUGCGGCCCUGGUGCGGGAGUUCUUUAGACAUGAGGAGCUUACAGCACGUGCACCGCUCUAUUUGACGCACGGCAUCAUGGGCGGCAAUGGUAUUAUCUGUGCCGAGGGCUUACUCUGGAAGCAGCAGCGACGUCACAUCAUCGACUGGCUCAAGACGCUGGGGAUGACGCGUCGCUCAGGCUGGACGCGCGAGCAGCUGGAGCGGCGCAUUGGACGCGGCGUCGACGAAUGUGUGCUGCUGUACGAGGAGGAGAUGAGGACGCCGGCGCAGAUAUUUGAUCCGCUGCCCGCGCUGCAGCACACACUGGGCAACAUCAUCAACGAUUUGGUCUUUGGACUGACAUAUGCGCGCGAUGACGUCACCUGGCGCUAUUUGCAACAGCUGCAGGAGGAGGGAGUCAAGCUAAUUGGCGUCUCGGGCGUUGUCAAUUUCCUGCCCAUACUAAGGUUUCUGCCCUCCAAUCGUCGCACCAUACGCUUUCUACUCGAGGGCAAGGCCCAGACCCAUGAGCUCUACGAUCGCAUUAUAAAGGAGUGUGAACAGAAGCUAGAAAAGGAGCAGAAACUGGGACAGAAGCCCAGUCGAGUGGUAGAUGACCAGCAGUUGGAAGGCAAAGCAGAGCCAAUGAGCAUUCUAGAGCUUUUUCUGCGCGAACGCGCCCAUCGCAAAGCGGAUGAGCAGGAUAUAGUGUUCCAUAAUGCCUCACAGCUGCGUCAUCUAUUGGCCGAUCUCUUUGGUGCCGGCGUAGACACUUCGCUUGCCACUCUACGCUGGUUUCUGCUCUACAUGGCUCGCGAGCAAGACUGCCAGCGGCAGCUGCGUAAGCAAUUGUUGUCGUUUGGCGUUAAGCCCACAAUUGCCGAACUGGAAUCGCUGCCCUAUUUGCGUGCCUGCCUCGCCGAGGUGCAACGCAUUCGGUCUGUGGUGCCGCUGGGCAUUCCACAUGGCGCCAGGCGAGACGUCACCAUCGCCGGCUAUCGCAUCGCCAAGGGCAGCAUGAUUAUUCCGUUGCAGUGGGCCAUACACAUGGAUUCGCGCACUUGGACGGUGCCCGAGGAGUUCCGACCCCAACGCUUUUUGAAUGCCGAUGGCGAAUUCGUUGCACCGCCACACUUCAUUCCUUUCCAGACCGGCAAGCGCAUGUGUCCGGGCGAUGAACUGGCCCGAAUGAUGCUAAUCUUGUUUGCGGGUCGCAUUCUCCGUCGAUUCCAACUGUCGCUUGCCGGGGAGGUGGACAUGGAGGGCCAGUGUGGCAUAACGCUCUCGCCAAAGGACUAUGAGCUGCAGUUCGCCAUAGUGCCGGUUCAUUAUCACGAAUAACCCAAACGGGAAACCGAUAUUUCAUGAAUACGUGUACGAGUUUAUUUUGUAGUAUAUAGGCCCAUAAACGUGUGACCAAACACAUAGGAUAGCAGUGAUGUAUGGAGGCAAGUUUAUUCUAAUUACCUGAACUUUAAAACUAUACUAUACUUACAUGUAUAUUUUUUUAAUUCGGAAAAUUUUAAGCAAAAGAGGCAACAUUUAU